AUUAAAAUGUGGCAGUUCUCGUUCUGGCGUGACGUGUACUUCCUUGAAGGGUGGUGCGGUUCUUUCAGGAAACAAUUGUGAAAGUAAACCGUGUGUCAUCAAGCCCGACAACCCGCCGAAGCGCUAACGAGGGGCUAGAGUGUCACGAAGGCGGACAUGGAGACGAGUGCUUACGGUGCAUCGCUGGCCGGAGGAGCCUUCGAUUUCUGGAGCUUUGUAAAGCGACCGCAGACCAUCGCCAGGCUGUUGAGUUGGCUCUUCGCCAUAGUGGUGUUUGCCACCAUAGUUUCUGAAGGCUACAUAAAUGAACCGCAUUUAGACACCACUAAGUGCAUGUUCAAUCAGAAUGACAGCGCUUGCAGCUACGGAAUUGGUGUGGGGAUUUUAGCUUUCCUGGCCUGUGUUAUCUGCACUGUGCUGGAUGCCUACUUCCCCCAGAUCAGCAAUGCCAACGAGAGAAAAUACAUUGUGUUGGGUGAUCUUUGUUUCUCUGGUGUCUGGACGUUCCUGUGGUUUGUGUGUUUCUGCGUCCUGGCCAAUCAGUGGUCUCACACAACUCGGAUAGACGUCCCAUCUGAUGCACCACGAGCUGUGGUGACCUUUUCCUUCUUCUCCAUUGGCACCUGGGGCGUUCUUACCGCGUUCGCAUUGCAACGAUACCGCCACGGGAUGGACGACGUUGGCCUAGGCUACAAUGAUCCAUCAUCCAUUGACCACACUUCCCCGUACCCUUCAGCAUAUGCUGGUGCUCCAGAGGGUUACCAGCAGUCCCCAUUCACCGCCAGUCCUGCGGGACAGGGAGGGUAUCAGCCUCCGGCUUACUGAGGGCGAAGGCAUUUUAACGCUUCUGAGAGGCUCACCUGUGUGGACUUUCAGUAGCUCCGUUUUUUCCAUUUCCAUAAGAGUUGAAAUUGUGACCUGGGAUUGGUGUGCUUCGCUGGUGUGUUUUUUUUUUUUCAAAGUUUGAAAGGAAAAAAAAAAAGUUAUUUAUUUUUAUUUACUUCGGAUGCGAAUUCUAAACAUAACCCUAAGUUUAAAAGUUCCUUGCAGAGAUUGUAUAAACCAGAUUCCACACCAGCUGCGGUUUUUACAUUUAAUAAACUGAUGGAAUUUACUUCAUUCCAUGUCUUGAAUGCACAAUCACACGAUGUAGGAAAGUCUACAGAACUGACGUGCCUUAAAAGUAGAAUCAAAACAAAUUUCCGCAUAUGCAGACAAUAGAAAGUGAACAGAUUCUCUUUGCCAAAUACAUUACCACAAUUGAGUAAUUCUUUAAAAGAAUUGCAUUGCCAUAUAUCACUUUUUUUUUUAAGUAUGCACUAAAUUGAUUGCCAAAUGGCUUUAAUAACUGCUAACUUCAGUCUUGUUGAGGCUAGAAUAGAUAACUGAUGAAUAGGUCGAUUGAGAUUGUGAGGUAAGAAACGAACUACUGUAAACGUGCAUUAAAUUAAUUUGUGACAGACAAUAGGCUUCGUGUGGAUAAUAAACCUUAUUUUCG